AUGCUUUUUCGCGUGGCAAGGACAAUCACGAAAGAAAGAACGUGGUGGUUCCCUCGACAUUUCUUUCGAAUGUUUCCGAAUAUACACAUAAACUCAACAACAAUAAGAACAUCAUCAUCAUCAAAAGAAAAGCAGAUCUUCAACAUGGCGUUGAGGAUGGCGCUCUGCGUUCUCUUCCUCGCCGCGAGCAUGGCUACACUCUCGGUAGCCGACGACCAGAGUUGCGCGAAAUUCUGCAACAAGAAAUACCCGAGAACAGGCACGAUGGACUCUCUCGACGCAGCGGUCCAUUGCUUGACGACGUGCAACCUUGCUGAAGGACCGUCUCAACGUGAAACUCACACCGACAACUCGACCGUGAGUGCAUCGCAGGAUGGCCAAGCAGCGCCAAAGCUUCCACACAAGGCCAACGGUACACAUGGCGUUCGUCCGACAGCCGUGGGUCUCAGUGCUACCCUCUUGCCAACGCCGCCUUAUUCCCCGGUGACCUUUCUUCCGAACAACACCAAAACCAAUAUGGCUGCUCAGGAUGCUGGCGUCGGUGCCUCAGGCAUGGCGGCACUGCUUGGUGUUGCAGCAUUGUGGAACGUGCUUUGA